AUGUUUUUAAUAUUUUUAUGUGCUUUAUUCAUUUCUUCCAAUAUACCGGUGAUUGAAACGUACAACCUUGAUAUUAUCUCUCCUGAUCUACGUACAGGUCCAUCUAAUUCUCUCUUUGGUUUUGCUGUUAUAUCAUCAUCAACGAAACAACAAUGGACUUAUGUCGGUGCUCCUCGAGCAUUUCUUGCUCGACAACGAAAUCCUACGAUUUUAUCUAAUAGUACUCCAGCUAUACCAAAUGGUCGUUUAUUUGGUAAUAUAUUUGAAUGUCGGAAUGGUACAAAUGAAUGUCAACCAAUGCUUGUAGAAAAUGAAUUAUCUGCGGCAAUGCCUUCCUUCGAUAAUGUUCUUGAUGAUGCUUGGCUAGGUUCAUCGCUUAUAGCAACAUCAGAUGAUUCACUUGUGACAUGUGGUUAUCGUCUAAUGCGUAGGAUUAGUUUCGAGCGAUAUGAUACACGUGGUGCCUGUUUUAAAAUUUCAUCCGAUCGUCAAGAAAUAUCUUACUAUGAUUUUUGUGAACGAAGUUCAGAAACAGAAUUAUUACAUGAAGGUAGUGCACUAUGUCAAAGUGGCCAUAGUUUAGCCUAUAUACCAACGGGAGGACGAUCAGAUAUAAUUGCAUUUGGUGAACCAGGUGCUUUUCAAUGGUCUGGUCGAAUAGAAGCUGAUUAUUCAGAUACACUUUUAAGACAAUUAUAUACAACUAAAUCAGCUUCUUCAACACCAUCACCAUAUAGUUAUUUAGGUUAUUCAGUGUUAAUAAUAAAAAGUCGAAGUCGAGAUAUAAAUGAUAAAUCAUAUAUAUUUAUUGCAUCAGCACCUCGUGCAUCAAAUGGUCUAGGAGAAAUUCGUUUUUAUACAAAACGUUUUGUAACUAAAAAUAAUGUUGGUUAUGAUACAUUACAAACAAUAUUUCAUAUGAAUGAUAAUGGUUCAGUACCAUUUAUUUUAACUGGUGAUCAACCAGGAAGUUAUUUUGGAUAUACAAUGGCAGCAGGAGAUUUAAAUGGUGAUGGAUAUACAGAUCUUGUUAUAAGUGCACCAUUUUAUUAUUCAAAAAAACCAUCAUAUGGUGGUGCUGUUUAUAUUUAUUAUGGAUUAAAUGGAAACUUUUCAAAUGAUCGACGUGAAAUAUUAUUUGGACCACCGGCACAUUCACGUUUUGGUUUUUCUACUGUUUGUAUACCUGAUUUAAAUAAAGAUGGAGUUGAUGAUUUAGCCGUAUCAGCACCGAGUGAAAUAGAUGGUAAUCAUACAGGUAGUGUUUAUAUCUAUCUCGGUUCUCGAACAAGUAAAUUAACAACAUAUACACAAAGAAUUGUGCCAAGUCAAUUAUUACUUAAUCUAAAACAAUCAUCAAUUAUUAAUGAUUUUGGCUUUUCAUUAGCGUCACAAUCACCAUUUAAUUUUCCAACUAUAUCAUCAUCAUCAACUGUAUCAUCAAAUUCUACUUUUAAAAUUGAUUAUCCAUCAUUAACUAUCGGUAUACCAAAAGUAGAUAUGAUUGUUAAUCUGAGAUCUCAUCCGUUAGUAAAUGUGAAUGUAGUAAUAAAGAAUAUGAAAGAAUUACAAUCAAUUCGUUAUAGUGCAGAAAAUCGUCAAUGUAAAACAAUUGAUCUAACACCUGCUGUUUGUUUUGAUGUACUUUUAUGUUUUGAAUCAAAUGAAACAUUAGCAGAAAAUUUAAUUAUUAUUUAUACAUUAACAGCAGAUCAUUUAUCAACAAUUGGAAGAGUUUUAUCUACUGUUAAUCAUUUGCCAUCUCUAACAAAUAAACAAGUUUUAAAAACAUGUGAAAAACAAAUAUUUAUGAUAAAGACAGGAAAUGAUGAUUUUCUAACACCAAUUCAUUUUAAACUUGUGUAUAAUAUAUCACAAGAUCGAAAUGAUCUUCGAGGAAAACCAUUUCUUCAUGAAGGACGUAUUCCAAUGAUAAAUGCAACUGAAGAACAACGAACAAAUAAAUUUCAAGCGAAUUUUUACAAAGGUUGUGGUAAUAAUGAUCGAUGUGUAACUGAUCUUCAAUUAACAGCUGAAUUUGUUACUGAAAAAAAAGCAUUAAAUCUAUCUGUACUUGGUAUUGAUUCUGAAAUACAUAUUCGUCUUCAGUUAACUAAUAUACAAUCAGACCCAAAUCAUCGAACAGCUGAUCCUGCAUUUGGAACAAAAAUCGAUGUAUAUUUUCCAACAGCAUUCGUUCAAUUUUCACAAGCAAACAUAGAUGAAAAAAGUUAUUCAUGUCAUCCGCUAGAUGGCAAUCAUGUUCGAUGUAAAAUGACUGAUUUUUUCAAUAAUCCAUUUCCAGCAAACAGAUCUUCUACAAUCGAACUUAUAUUUACAUUAUCAAAUGUAGCAUUAAGUAAUAUUCUACGUUUUGAUUUUAAUUCAACAACAUUAACAAAUGAAACAAAUUUGGAUAAUAAUAAUGUUACAUUAAUAGCAAAAGUUUUAUUAAAAACAGAUUUAAGUUUACGUGCAUCACAUGAACCAGAACAAAUUUCACUUGUUGGUGAUGGAACAAUGGGUUUAAGUUCAAUUAAAAAUCUUGAUCAAUUCGGAAUGGAAGUUACACAUACCUAUACAAUAAUUAAUAGUGGUCCAAAUAAUGUACGUUCACAUAAUGUAACAAUUUUUUGGCCAUAUGAAACAUUAAAUAAUCAAUGGGAACAUGGAAAAAUUCUAUUAUAUCUUGUUGAAGAACCAACUAUUGAAGUUUCAGCAACACUGUCAAGUACAGGUGCAAAAAUCGAUGGUCAUUGUGAACGAUGGCCACAAUGGCGUGAUCAUAUACAUAUACUUGAUUCACUUAAUCGAUCAUCAAUGAAUAAUCGAACACGUCGUGAUGAACAAAAUUCUGACAAUGUUCUUGAUUCUAAAACAGCGACAAUAGCAUCACCUGUAUCAUCUGUAAUACGUAGAUUAACGUUAUCAUGUGAUCCAGCUUAUCAAAAUGUUCGUUGUUAUCCAAUUUAUUGUCAUAUUAAAAGUCUUUCGGCACAAAGUUAUUAUCUUAUUAAACUUCGUGCUCGAUUAUGGAAUAGUACAUUAAUUGAAGAAUAUAUGAAUGAAUAUGAUCGUGUAGAUAUACAAUCAUUUGCAUCAAUACAUAUUAAUGAUUCACUUAUAUUUCAAUCAUCAACUGAUAAUGAUAAUGCAACAGCGACAACACCUGUAGAAUUUGCUAAUAAAUCUGAUAAAAUUAUUGUACCUCGUUUACCACUUUGGGUUCCAUUAGUUGGAGCUAUGGCUGGCCUUAUUUUACUUAUUUUUAUUGUUAUUGUUUGUUGUUUGCUUGGCUUUUUUCAACGAACAAAAGCACCACCAUUAAAAAAGAAACCAACUACACUUACACUUGAUGGUACAACAACGAAUAGUUCAAGUGAUGAACAUCAACGAAUUCUUCUUCGACAAACAUCUCGUCAACAAAUGCUCUAUCCAUCAUCAGCAACAAAUUCAUUUAAUGAUGAAAAUUAUCAAUCACAACAAACAACACAACCAUUAAUACAUUCAAUACCUGAAGUACCAUCUGUUGAUAAUCAAGAUCAAGAUAUUGAUGAAGAUGAAGAAGAUGAUGAUUUAACACAAAAUAAUCUUGGCAAUCAAUCAGAUAUAGAUGAAGAAGCACGUUUUCCAGUUGAAGAUGAUGAAGAUGAAUAUUCGUCAAAAAUGAAUGAACCUUUAGUAGAUGUAGAAUCAAUCAAUCAGUGA